AUGAUCUUCUCUAACAUCAUUUUCUGUUUUGUGGAAGCAUUCAAAGAGAAGGAACGGCGAUGGGUCAUGAUGGUGGCAAGAUUCUUCAUUGGUCUUGGAGCCGGAACAGUCGGCGUGAUGCGUGCUUACGCUUCCACAGCCAGCAGCCUGAAAGAUCGCGCUCGUGCAAUCACAUUUAUCCAAGCCAGCUAUGUCAUCGGGAUGACGAUUGGACCCGGAAUCCCGGUCGCUUUCGCUCCGAUCAAAUUCCCAGGACUCGUGUUCGGGCCUGUUCAUCUGGACAUGUACACUGCCCCGGCUUGGUUCGCAACGCUGAUCUGUAUUCUGUCACUGGUUUUGCUUAUCAUCUUACUUGAGGAAAAUUAUGCCGGUGUUCAAGAAGUCGACAGUGAGAAAUAA